GGUUCUGCGUUCUGGUCGGCUAUAAACAUUCGAAAGUUUUAGGACUGCGUUAGCACCGUUUUCACUGAUAAUUUAAUUUCUUAUUUGGCACACAACCUGCCCUGUGAAGUGUAAAUUCGUAUUUGCAUUUUAGCAAAAUGUCGACAAUUAUUGACCCGGAUCUGCGCACGAAAAUCGAUACCGCCUGUCGAACGGCUGAGGAAUUCACCAAGUUGUACUACGAGAGUGUGGAUAAGAAGCGCCACCAAAUGGCCCGCUUGUACAUGGACAAUGGACUGCUGGUUUGGAACGGAAACGGCGCAACCGGUAAGGACAACAUUCAAAAGUACUUCCAAGAGCUGCCACGAUCGGAGCACAUCAUGAACACGCUCGAUGCACAGCCGAUUGUGGACGAUGCAGUGUCGUCGCAGCUAACGUUCAUCAUCCAGGUGGCCGGUAAUGUUAAGUUUCAGGACAAUCCUACCAAACCAUUUCAGCAAACGUUCAUGAUUACGGCGCAGGGUGACAAAUGGAAGAUCGCCAGCGAUUGCUUUCGACUACAGGAUGCUAUCUUCUAGGUUCUCAGUGACGAACAAAAUGUAAAUUUUAGUUUUAUUGAAUUUCACAACAACAUACAACGUUUGGUUGAAUAAAUCCAU